AUGAUGACAAAAGCAGCACUUCGCCAAUGGCGCGGCAGCCUGAGGGAGAACAGCCUCAAGGGCAGCAUCACCCGUCGUCACGCGUCAUCAACACGCUCCCAGGACACGCCGUUCCGAAUGGCCGUUGUGGGGUCUGGCCCGGCCGGCUUUUAUACGGCUUACAGACUCAUGAGCAAGGUUCCGCAGGCCAAGGUCGACAUGUACGAGGCCCUCCCCGUGCCCUUUGGUCUUGUUCGUCACGGUGUGGCACCCGACCACCCAGAGGUUAAGAACUGUCAGGAAAAAUUCGAAGAGGUGGCCUCGUCACCCAACUUUACGUUUAUAGGCAACGUCUCGGUCGGUCAACCUGGCCACUUUGCCGAUCAAUGCACAGUCGAACUACAGACGCUCAUGCGCCACUACCACUCUGUGCUCUUUACGUACGGUGCCUCGGAAGACAAAAAGCUCGGCAUUCCCGGCGAGUCAACGCUUAGCGGCAUAUACUCAGCCCGCGAGUUUGUUGGCUGGUAUAACGGACUUCCUGACUACGCCAACCUCGAGCCGAAUCUAACUCGGGGUGACGAGGCAGUCAUCAUCGGCCAGGGCAAUGUCGCUUUGGAUGUGGCCCGGAUGCUUCUCGAGGAUAUCGACGUUCUCCGAAAAACGGACAUCACCGAGCAUGCACUGGACCACCUGGCUACAAGCCGCAUCAAGCGCGUACAUGUUGUUGGACGCAGAGGGCCGAUGCAGGCCGCAUUCACCAUCAAAGAAGUGCGCGAGCUCAUGAAGCUUCGCAACGUAGGCUUCCAUCCCAUCCAAAGAAGCCUCCUCCCAGAAGACCUCAAGACUCUCCCUCGAGCUUCCAAAAGACUCAUGGAGAUUGUGGUCAAGGGUACCCCAGAUGUAAGCGCAGAGUCGGCCUCAAAAUCAUGGUCACUGGAUAAUUGCCUGUCUCCAAGUCAUUUCCUCGGGCAUAAGAACGCCCCUACUCAUGUGGCAAGUACCGCAUUUGACGUAACAAGAUUGUCGGAUCCUUUCGACCCUAGCGCCCGCGCGGAAGCUACGGGCGAGACGACAGUUCUCCCGUCAGACAUCGUGUUUCGCUCUGUUGGCUACAAAUCGGUUGCUCUACCAGGCUUUGCCGAGGCCGGUGUCCAAUUUGACGAGAGGCGUGGCACGGUGACGAACGAUGGCUAUGGCAGGGUGACCCAGGUCUUGUCGGACGAAAGCGCCAAGGACGCGGGACCACGACAAGUGCCAGGAUUGUAUUGCGCUGGCUGGCUCAAACGGGGUCCCACUGGUGUCAUCGCCUCCACGAUGCAGGACGCUUUCACCACUGGCGAUGCCAUUGCUCAGGACUGGCUCUCAGGAGCGCCAUUCAUAAGGCCAAAUUCCCAGACGUCUAUCCUUGCUGGCUGGAAUGGUGUCAAGCAGGAAGUCAGCGGCAACGCGAACCUUGCCGUCUCAUGGGAGCAAUGGCAAAAGAUUGACAACGCAGAGAAGAACCGAGGCCAGGCCAAGGGCAAGGAAAGAGAGAAGUUCACGAGUACCACCGACAUGCUGGCUGUCCUAGGUUAG